AUGGUCACCACAACCAAGACCAACCAACCCAAGGCGCAGAAAAGGCUCGGGACUUUGGCGUCAUUCCCCCGGAAGCCAAGCCAGCCGAAUGCUAGCAUCUUGAAUUUCUUCCAGAAGACGCACAAGCCGGAAGAUUCUCUCUUUGUUGGAGCCCCGGUUCACCCCACCACCACGCACGACGACAUCCCCGUUGGCGAUGAUGAUCUUGGUCGCCUCAACGAGUCUCAGACUUCGGCCAAAAGGAGACGAGUUAGCGAAGACAGGCACACAACCGUGGUUGGGGUACAGAGUAUAGAGCUACGACGGGCUUCUUGCCCAGAGCAUGCUGAACAAUCCAAGCGACAGAAAUCAAGACACUAUGGCAAUACCCCCUUCGUCGUGGACUCUGAUAGCGAAGCCGAGGACAGCGGCGAAGCUGUCACCAUACCCGAUGUACCCCGAGUGAGAUUCAAAGCCGAGGCCGUACUGCAAUCCACUACUCAGUCAUCUUGCGCAGCCGACUUUGCCGGACCGACGACGGAAAGGACACAAGCCAAAUCGCCUCCGUUCCAAUUUCCAGACUCUGCGCAUACACAAGCCGACGAUAUCCAGGAUCCCUCAGGUAUGGACGAUCUCGACAUGGAAGCUUUUGAAGGCGAAGAGUUGCGGGAGAUGAAAUUUAUGCGCGAACAGGCCCGAAUUGAAGCUGAGGACGGGGGAACACUGCUUUUUGAAGACUUUGGUGACGAUCUCCCGGGUGACGCAACCGCCGACUUGCGCUGUCCAAUCUGCGACGGCAGCCUAGCAGGUAUAUCUCCGGAUGAUGCGACCCGCCAUGUCAACUUGUGUCUUGACGGCAAUCCCACUCCGUUAUCUCAUCGGGAACUUAAGUCUCCAAGCCAAGCUCCCCCAGUCGAAUCCACCGAAAUGAGCAAGAGAUUCAUUCGAGCAACGAUUCCGAGGCCAGCGCAAUUCAGUCCGUUCGAUAAAGUUGAGCGUGGUACGGAGGUCAAAUCCGCUUUCUCAAAGCUCAUGUCUGGCAAUGCCGAGGAUUCGGCCUGGGCGACCGCAGCUGCGGCUGAGCAUGCUUCUCGGGGCCGUCCAGCCUACGAACGAACCUGCCCGUUUUACAAGAACAUUCCGAACUUUAACAUCUGUGUGGACGCCUUUCGCUACGGCGCCGUGGAAGGUUGCAAGGCUUACUUUCUGAGCCAUUUCCAUAGCGAUCACUACAUCGGUCUGACUGCUAGCUGGAGACACGGCCCAAUAUUCUGCAGCAAGGUUACAGGGAGCUUGGUCAAGAAUCAGUUACGCACCAAGCCAGAGUGGAUUGUCGAGCUGGACUUUGAGAAGCCGUACCCCGUUCCCGGAACGGGCGCCACUGUGACGAUGAUACCGGCAAACCAUUGUCCUGGAAGCUCCAUGUUUCUCUUCGAAAAGCCUCUGAGUAACGCGCCAACCUCACGACUGCAGCGCGUGCUCCAUUGCGGCGAUUUUCGUGCCUGUCCUGCACAUGUCGACCACCCUUUGCUCAAGCCAGACGUUGUGGAUUCUAUUACGCGAAAGACACAGCAGCAGAUAAUCAACACAUGCUACCUCGACACGACCUACCUAAAUCCUAGGUACUCGUUCCCACCACAGGAAGACGUCAUCAAAGCAUGCGCCGAUCUGUGUGCAUCGACAUCACCAGACCCCAAUUGCAAGGACGACAUUCUUGACGCGAUAAAACGAGAUGGCAGCACGCAGGCCGUGAGCGAAUACUUCCUGAGCGGUAAAGCAGACGAAGCCAGCAAAACCGAGACAAGCAGAGAAAAGCCUGGCCAACGCCUACUUAUCAUCUGCGGAACGUAUUCCAUCGGGAAGGAGCGAAUUUGCAUUGCAAUAGCCAAGGCGUUGCGUUCUAAGAUCUAUGCAACUCCUGCGAAAAUGAAAAUAUGCAAACAGCUGGAUGACCCUGAACUCGCUGCCCUUCUCACCUCCGACCCGAUUGAAGCUCAAGUGCACAUGCAGUCACUUAUGGAGAUACGCGCUGACACGCUCCACGAUUACCUGACCGGCUACAAGCCGCACUUCAGUCGCAUCAUCGGUUUCCGUCCCAGUGGCUGGAACUUUCGACCAACGAAUGGCAGGGCGGUAGGGGCAAAUGUCCCCCCAAGUGCCAUUCCCACGACCCAGAUUCUUCACGACAAAGGUUGGAGAACGAGGUUUGAAUACAGGGACUUUGUUGCACAGCGAGGGAGUACCAAGGAGGCCAUGUGCUUCGGCGUUCCGUACUCUGAGCACAGCAGUUUCCGGGAGCUCGCCAUGUUCCUUAUGUGCCUAAGGAUCGAGAGGGUCAUACCUACGGUUAAUGUGGGAUCUGAACAGUCUCGGAAGAGAAUGCGAGGUUGGAUCGACCGAUGGUUAGCCGAACGGCGGCGAGGCGGCGUUGUGACCCCGCUUCUUGGGGGCGAGGGCAAGGAUGAUGACAGUGUACAUCUAUGGGAUGGAAAAUCGGGCAAGGGAGGCAGUGCUUGGUGGUAG